CUGCGAUCUAAUCCCCAACAUGCAUCCGGACAGCUUCUAUCGAGUGCGCCUCUUCAAGGACUUCGUCCGAAUUGUCGUUGUACCUUGGGCCACUCUGUUUGCCCUCCUUCGGACUACGGAAGUGCGGUUGGGACUGCUCGCCGUUCCUGCUCAUGUCGUCUUCAUCGUCUUCUGGGCAUACACACGGCUUCAAUAUGCUGACUGGAUGCAUCGCCGUGAUGCACGUCGCAUGGGGGCUCGGCCCAUUCCUCGGGUCCGCGGUAGAUGGCCAGGGAACCUCGACAUAUACCUUCAAUUACUCAAAGCAUAUCACACCACCUACCUCGGCUCCUUCCAUCUGAAGCUCUUUGAGGAGUAUCACACUACCACUCUUAAUCUCCGGUUACUCUGGCAAGACUUCAUCAUCACUAUGGAUGCGAAACACCAGCAGUUUGUCUUGGCGACUGGCUAUGAACACUUCUGGAGAGGCGUCGGGCAGAAGGAGCGUAUGGAGGAGUUUCUCGGUGCUGGCAUCUUCAAUCGCGACGACCAGGAAUGGAAGGCGCACCGUGCGCUCGCUCGACCAUUCUUCUCUCGCGAUCGCGUCACCGACUUCGAGUUGUUCGAGCGGUAUGCCGACCGUACGGUGUCGCUCAUGUCGUCGCGAUGUGAGCUUGGAGAGCCGGUCGAAGUGCAGGACAUGUAUGCAAGAUUUACUCUCGACGCUGCAUCUGAGUUCCUCUUCGGCAAGAAUGUCGAUACUCUCUCCGGUCGACUCCCAGAGCCCGGAAACACGCAGAUGAGCGGAAAAGGCUCUGCGACGGGCGACGAGUUCGGAUCUUUUGCGCAGUCGUUCGAAGAUGCACAAGUAUUGGUCCUGCUCAGGGUUCGGCGCGGGUACUUCUGGCCCAUCUACGAACUGUUCACAGGGGACCCACACCGAAAACAUAUGGCAGUUAUUGAGAAGUGGCUCGAGCCGUUGAUUCAAGACGCUCUGCAGAACAAAUCAGAUAUGCAGAAGAGCGGUCUCAAGAACCCGCUAGAUCAGAGCGUGUUCUUGCAGUAUCUGGUGGACAAUACCGAAGACCCGAAAGUCAUGCAAGACCAGCUCCUUAACAUUCUGUUGGCCUCGCGCGAUACGACCUCUUCACUCCUGACAUAUGUCACGUACUUCCUUGCAUCGCAUCCAGACGUCACGAAGCGGCUGCGCGCAGAAAUUCUGGAGCAUUGCGGUGUCGACAGCGCUCCUACGUUUGAUGACAUCAAGAACAUGAAGUACAUGCGUGCGGUCAUCAACGAAACUUUACGUUUAUUUCCACCUGUGGCGGUAAACUCGAGAGAGAGCAAACCGCACCCCAGCAUUCUGCCGAACUCUGACGGUACCUACCUGCAACCCGCGGAACCUCUAUACAUGCCUCCCCUGACACCAAUUGCGUACUUCACUUCUCUCAUGCACCGCAAUUCAGCGCUCUGGGGCCCGGACGCGGAUGUCUUCGAUCCGGAUCGCUGGCUCGAUAAACGCCUAUCGAAGUUCGUCUCGAACCCUAUGAUGUUUACGCCCUUCAGCGCCGGUCCCCGAAUCUGCAUUGGCCAGAACUAUGCUCUGAAUGAGGCAUCAUUAUUUCUCACCCGUCUCUUGCAGCGGUUCGACACGUUCACACUUGCGCCGGAGGCCCAACCCGCAGGCUCGUUGCCACCAUCCGAGUGGAAGCAAGGCAAGGGUCGCGAAACAUUUGAGAAACUAUGGCCUAACUCUGCAUUGACGAGUUAUGUCAAGGGAGGGCUAUGGGUUCGAUUAGGUCGGGUAGAAACAUGAGGACGACUCGAGGUUUACACCGCGAAGGCGAGGCUUUGGCAGUAUAUAACGAUAUGCGUGCUACCUUUUCAAGCUUCAAGCUCACGGCUGAGCCGUAACGACAUUAGAGACUUACUCUCACUCUCUACAUCCUUUAACUUAUCAUUGAUAUGGUCUGUACUUACGUUGGAUGUAACUUGUAUGCC